AUGGGGAGAAUGCUACUUUCUCUGUUAUUUCCUCUCUUAUUUGUAGUGUUAGGAUGUCUGGCUAACGCAACACCAGACCCAACACCAUCAGACUUGAUCACAACAAUUUGUUCACAAACAACUGAUGUUCCUCUGUGUCAUCUGAUAUUAAGUCCAGGUGGUCGUGUUGCCGGUGCAACUCUUAGAGACCUAGCAAAAAUUUCUCUCAAACCAACAUUACUAACUGCUACAGAAACUUUUAAGCUGAUCAUCAUGCUAUUUAAGGUUGAAAGGAAGAAAAAGACCAGACAGCGGUUUCGGUCAUGCUUGAAGGACUAUGUUGAGGCCAUUAGAGGGGUCAGAGAGUGGGAGGCUUUGCUCAACUCUGGCAAUUAUAGCUCCCUGUACUCAAAGGCAGUGGCUAUCGCCAUUCGCCCUCUUCACUGUGAUCAGAAUUUUGCGCAACAACCAAGUGAGCCAGAUCAACUUAGAGGAGCCAACCAGAAGUUUAAAGAUAUUUGCAGCAUCAUAACCGUUAUUUCUGAUCAUUUAAACCAAAACAACUAA